CGCGCUCUCCUCCCACACGGUCAAAGGCGACAACCCUAGCCGCCGCACCCACGCCUCCAGCCUUUCCAAAUCUCCGCCCGCGCCGCACCUCCCAUCCCCUACCCCUCCACCAACGCCGCCGCCCCCCUGCAUCAACGCCUGCUCGGGUCCCUGCACCAAGAUCUGCUCCCCCGUGUCGCCCAAAAUCCCCGAGCCCGCAUCCACCAAUCCACAAAAGGUCCGCCCGCAACCUGAGUCCGCCUCCAGCAGAUCCACAGCAUACCGAGGGGAAGCGGAGUCAGAUCUUUGGUGAUGGGUCGAGGCAAAAAGGAUCCCUGGGCGGCACGCGGAUCCGUCGAUCCGGUGGAGGUGGAGGAGGCGGCAGCGGUGAUGGAGGUUGAAGAGGAGGAGGAAGUCAAGGGAGACGAAGAGGAGGAGUGGAAUCACGAGGAGGAUGAGGCGGAGGAGGAGGAAGAGGAGUGGGAACAGGAGGAAGAGGAGGCUGAUGAGGCCUCGGCGGAGGAGGAGCCGGAGGAGCAGCGGUCGCCGCCCAAGCUGGCGGAGGGAUUCUACGAGAUCGAGACCAUACGCCGCCGCCGCCGCCGCCAGAACCAGAUACAGUACCUCGUCAAAUGGCGUGGGUGGCCGGAGAGCGCCAACACAUGGGAGCCUGAAGAAAACCUGAAGGCCUGCUCUGAUUUUGUUGAAGCCUUUGAGAAGCGGCAGCAACCAAGGUCCUAUGGCAAGCGCAAGCGCAAGCGCAAGAUCUCCACUACUCCGGUGGUAAGUCCCAACCCUUCUUCUCAGGGUAGAAGGGGCCGCCCACGGCGUUCAGAUCCUCGGUCUCUGUCCCAACGUCCUGUCCCAGAGCGCAAGAUAUUGCCUCCCAGAGCAAGCAGCAGGAGAGGUACUGAUAACAGCAACAGGAACUUGGUUGCGGGGUCUGAUGCAUCAGUGAACGUGGCUCCUCAGCAACUGCUUGGACAAGGUGCUACACAGGAGGGCAGCUCAAAUGUGCUUUCGGUUGGUCUGCCGUCUGUUGUGGUUCAUCAACAGGAUGAACAUCAGCCUGCGAGUGGUGUAUCAAAGGUUGAUAGUUCAGUACAGGGACCCCCACCUCAGGUUGGCCAGGUGACCGGUGCCAAGAAGCGCAAGCUUGGGUCUGUCAGGAGGUUCAAGCAGGAUGAGGCGCAGCAGGAGCAAGGGCAAGUUGUCAAUGGCACAAGUGAGAAGCCUGGCAAUGAGAAAACUGAUUCCGCACAAGGAGAAACGGGUGAUAGGACCAAGGGGGAGGGCGGUGCUAACCGUUGCAUCACUAAGAUCAUCAAGCCAGUGCGGUAUCAUGCCACCAUGACAGAUGACGUGCAGCAGGUUUCCAUAACAUUCAGAGCACUCAGGUCUGAUGGGCAGGAGGUUCUUGUGGAUGACAAGGAAUUGAAGUCUACAAACCCGUUGGUGCUGAUAAACUACUACGAGCAGCACCUGCGUUACAGUCCCACCUCGUGAAAAGGAUGCAUGGAAGGAAAACAUCUGUUAAGGAAUGGGAACUGGAUACCGCAAGCUUGACAUCGAGACUCAAAGCCAAGAGGCAUCAGUUAGUGGACAAUGUUGUGAAGCUUAUUGUUCUACAUCAUGCCCAAUCCUCUAUUUGGAGUGCUCUACCAUUGGGGGGGGGGGGGGUUGGACAAUGGUGUCAAUCUCUAUAUUUUGGGUGGCUCUACUUACCUUUUUUCCAGUUACCUGGUUGAACUUGUUUAGAUUUCUUAAAACUUUUUUGUCGAACCUUGUACUAAUGUCGUGCUCUGCUUGCUACAAAAUGUAUGGUCACAUGAUUUCUUGAAAUGGAACCGGGGUACAAGCUCUUGCCCUAAAAAAUAAUGGGUUUGUGUUCUCUCA